GUAAGUUACGGAGAAUACGGAGAAUGGAAACGAGGUACCGCUAGCUAAUAUACAACUAUCAUUUUAGUCGCUCGAGUCGUUGGGUUCCCGUCGGUUGGCGAAGCUCUCUUUUUCUCUCGCUUUUUUCGAUCCGUCCUCAUCCUCGUGCAUCCCGCAUAAAUUUCCGAGCGAGCAACAGGUGCUGCAGGAACGUGGAGACGAGUUCUCUCCCGUAUUCGUUUCAUACGGGGUUGGUGGGUGUCUGUAGCAGGGCGCCGUUUUACUCUCGUUUUACCAGUGAUUAGAGUAUAUUUAUAUUUGUUAAUAAUACUUGGUAUUGUGAGCGUUUGUGAUGUGAAUUGUUAGGGGGUGUUUUUUGCGACUGUUUUGAAUGUCACCCUAUAGCCGAUACCGGCCGUUGCCGGGCAGUGAGGGAUUGGUCCUGCAAACUCCUACGGGAUGUCGGCCCUCUCCCACUAGCGCCUGCAGAUUCCUCAGGUGGAUUUCCAAGCUGAGCCCUCAGCCCGUCAAUAAACAAGGAUUAGGGGUCCUGGACAUGACCGCCACGGAGAACACCAUCCGUUUCAGUGUCCACACCCUGGACAAAGCCACCAAAGCAAAAGUUACUUUAGAAAAUUAUUACAGUAAUCUUAUAGCGCAACAUAUAGAAAGGAAACAAAGAUUAGCGAAAUUAGAAGAAUCCUUAAAAGACGAAAGUCUCUCUGAAGAGCAGAAACAUGAAAAGCGGCUGCAACAUGCCCAAAAAGAAACCGAAUUCCUUAGGUUAAAACGAUCUCGAUUGGGCGUCGAAGACUUCGAACCCCUCAAAGUGAUAGGCAGGGGAGCGUUCGGAGAAGUUAGAUUAGUACAGAAAAAAGACACGGGUCACGUGUACGCCAUGAAAAUCCUCAGGAAAGCGGACAUGUUAGAAAAAGAACAGGUGGCCCAUGUACGAGCCGAACGUGAUAUAUUAGUAGAAGCCGAUCACCAGUGGGUGGUUAAAAUGUAUUAUAGUUUUCAAGAUCCGAUUAACCUAUAUUUAAUAAUGGAAUUUCUACCCGGCGGCGACAUGAUGACGCUGCUGAUGAAGAAAGACACGCUGUCCGAGGAGUGUACGCAAUUCUACAUAACCGAAACGGCGCUCGCCAUCGAUUCCAUACACAAGCUCGGCUUCAUACACAGGGACAUCAAGCCCGACAAUUUGCUCUUGGACGCCAAAGGCCAUUUGAAAUUGUCGGAUUUCGGCCUGUGCACCGGCCUCAAGAAAUCUCACCGGACCGACUUUUACAGGGACUUAAGCCAAGCGAAACCCUCGGAUUUCAUAAUUACAUCGAGUCCGAUGGAUAGCAAGCGUCGAGCGGAAAGUUGGAAGAAAAACAGGCGAGCGUUGGCGUACAGUACCGUCGGUACGCCCGAUUACAUAGCGCCCGAGGUGUUCAUGCAAACGGGGUACGGCCCCGCGUGCGAUUGGUGGUCGUUGGGCGUCAUCAUGUACGAGAUGCUCAUCGGCUAUCCGCCAUUUUGUUCGGAAAAUCCGCAGGACACCUACACGAAGGUGAUGAACUGGAGGGAUACGCUGGUGUUCCCCGCCGAAGUACCGAUCUCCGAAGAGGCCAAAGAUACAAUCGUGAAAUUCUGUUGCGAGGCAGACAGAAGACUAGGAUCUCAAAAAGGUUUGGAGGAUCUGAAAUUGAAUCAGUUCUUCCGAGGUGUGGAUUGGGAACACAUCAGGGAAAGGCCUGCUGCUAUACCGGUGGAAGUGAAAUCGAUAGAUGAUACGUCGAAUUUCGACGAUUUUCCCGAUGUCAAACUGGAAAUUCCAUCUGCGCCCCUAUCUCAAGACGGUGAUGUUAAUUACAAGGAUUGGGUGUUCAUAAACUAUACGUUUAAGAGGUUCGAAGGUCUAACCCAAAGAGGUACUCCGACGAAGAAAUAGUUGUUUGUUAAUAGUUUUUACCACGAGAAAGAGAAAUAUAAUAGGCAAUUCGAUGCCCAGUACUUAUUUUUAGAAAAUGAAUUAUUUCAGAGAUAUGUUUAUAUUAAAUAAAUAGCGCUCUCCUAUAAAAUCCUUUUUAUUUAAUCGAAAUCGUUUUCUAAAAAUAAGAGUGUUUCGGUGUAAUAUAUAGGUCUGAAGCAGUUUUGCACUGUUUUUGCUUUUUCGAAGAGCUGUGAAAACUGUAGCUUGCGUAGUACUCAAAUUAUCUCAUCCAAAAAUUACUAAACUAUUGUUAUUAUACAUCUUUAACUAAUCAUAACAGUUUCAAAAUGUGAUAAUUCCCGAUUUGUAAGGUUAAUCUUGACAAAUUCGCUCUUUGAUUAUCUAAAGAUGUAUGCAUCGAAAUACAAAACGGCCAUUUUAAUUUUGAACUUUGAGCGCAACGCAAGCCUUUAAUUUUUUUUGUGUACAUGUUAAUUUUUGUUCAUUGUUAAAAAAAAGUGAUACUUUUUAUUAUUUUACAUUUGUUUUUAACUUAUGGAACUGUAUUGUUUCCGGCAUACGAAGUCGGGGAAUUUUUUUUGUAUUAGCUCCAUUUGGAAGAAGACGGUCAAGAUUUCCUCCCUAAUUUUUAGCACCAUGUCAAUCUACUUCUGUCAGUGAGAUCACGGCCGCGAUUAUUAUAUACAAGGUGGACCAAAAUAUACCAACGUUUAUUUCUUAUUUAUUAUAUUUAUAAUUUGAAAUUGGGUUUAAUGUGUUAUUUUAAUUAUACAGAAGACAAUUUUUUAUUCUAUCUAAUAAUUUUCAGUAAUUUUGUCUUCCAAUUAACGGCUUGUUUUGAAUUAAACUCUCUUUGUACACGUUUCAGCGUUCAUUUGUAGAAUAUUUUUCAGUCCAUUCUGUAUAUAAGCGGACAUUAUUAUUACAGGCAAUAUGAUUUAUACAAGGCAAGUGAAAGGUAUUGUAGUAGAUGUGAUAGAAGAAAAGUUGUGCGUAAUUUAGUAGAUAUGUUAAGCUUAAUGUCCGGUGAAAAAUUUUAUUUACCGAAUUGGCGAUAACCUGGGCAUUGAACUCGAUUGAAUUUUACUCCUAUCGUUAAUUUGAUAUUUCAUUCGUAAUUGAACAAAAUUUGCUGGUAAAAAAAGUUGAUAUUAUGCUUUAGCGGGUUCCCUUUAGUGAACUUCGAGUGCUCACCGUUGAAAAUAGUUAUAGUUUAAAUUGAACAAAACCGUUUCUUGUAGGAUUUAAAAAAGAUAAUUACAUUAUUCAUGCCGUUGUUUGCUUGACAAAUUCAUUUUAUCCCGUGUAAAUGUAUCGAGUCUAGAGUGGCGAUUAAAACGUAUUUUGCUAGACAUAUCACUUUGGCUGUUAAACAGCCCAUAAAUAUGGAAGUGUUGUAGGUUUCGAAAGGAUGCGAUAUGUAAUAUUAAGAUAAAGUAGCUCUCUAUAAUUGCUCUACAUGCUGUUUCUUUUUGUUUUUCGGUUAACUGGACGAGGAUCCUUAAAAGUAGAUUGAAUAUAAUAUUUAUAUCGAUUAAUUGUUGGUAAUCUUUGAUUUUUAGGCUGCGAUUGAACUGGUUUGUAAAACAUAAUACUUGGUUAAUUUUCAUUAAUUCCAUUUUAAAACGCUCACGAUUGAACAAUAUAAACUAAAAAUAUAAAUAAUUGGUAUUAAAAUUUUUAUUUCAUUGUUUAUUUACUACUAAAAAAAUAGUAUUUAGUAAUUUUUCAGUUAACUUACUUAAAUAAGGCGUAUUGGCAACGUCGCGCCGUUUUUGACGUUAUCAUAACGCGAAACAUUCACAGUUUACUCGCGGCGUGAAAUCAAAGAGUACCUGAUUGUUAUUUACUGCAGUUUGUAUUUUAUAUAGUUGGUCUCGCUAACAGAAUUUGUACAUAUGUUUACUUCCAAAAAUGUGUAUAACUGAAUAAAAACAUACAUAAAAUAAACUCCUA